CUGCUUGGUGCGUGAGCACAGCUCAAGCUCCUCGAUUCUCAGCGCCGCCCAGCUCCGACCUUCCCGCCGAAGCAGGCCCUGCUGGGUCGAUGGCGGCGACGCCCGCCGUGAGCGGCACCGCCUCCAACAGUGGGCCGCUGCUCGAGAGGACGGAGGCGCCGGCCGCCCGCGACCGCCGCUGCUCGCCCUCCGGGCUGCAUGCGGCCCUGGACUCCUACGGCUGGGUGGUGCACCUGGGGCCCCUCUCCGUCGGCCGGGACGGCGUCGACGUCAGGCCUCAGCUGAAGUUUGGCGGGCAGGUCGGCAACUUCGCCGCCGAGGUGGGCGUCGGCGACGUGCGCGACGGCCUGCGCUUCGAGUCCGGCGUGAGGGCUUUCGCAGAGGCGGAGGGCUCCGGGCACUCGCUGGAGGAGCUCCACGCGGACGUUAGGCGGCGUCUGAGUGAGAACGCUGCCGCCACGGGCUCAAGCAUCCGUGCGGUGAUGAACUCAAGCAGGGUGGAGGAAGCGCUGGAGGCAGCCAGCAGGAUCCUGAGCAGCUCGGCGAGGGGCCUCGGGUCUCGCACGGACGAGAUUGCCAGGACGCUGGGCGUGGACGUGGCGGACCUCGACCGCGCGCUCCAGGGCGACACCGCCGGCGUCGCGCCCCCCGCUGGCUACAGGGAGGCGGCCAGCGGCAGCGAGGCCGUGCAAGGCACGGAGAGGCCUCCCAUGACGCUGAAGCUGCGGGCAUCCACCGGCCUCGGCGUUAGUUGCCAGGUCUCCUUGGGCUGGUGUGACACCAGCGGCUACCACAUGGUGGGACUUGGGAUGAAGGCGGUCGCGCUCAUCGCCACGGGCGGAAACCUGUUCGUGGGGCGCCACAGGGCUGGCGUUGGCCUGAAGAUUGUGCUGGGCAUCUCGAACUUCACGCUGGAGUACACGUUCCCCCGCGCCAGGGUGCCAGAGCGGGCGUCGAGGGGCGACCCUGCGGCCGAGCGGCGGAGUCCCCUGCCUGCCGGCGCGGUCGCGGCGGGCGCGGUCGGGAACGGCGCAGAGGAGGGGGGUCUGGGCCCUCGGCCCGGGCAGGCGUCGAAGGGCGAUGCGUCGGCUGAGCCACAGCGCCCCCAGCCUGGCGGCGAAGGCGCCGCCAGCGCAGGCGCUGGCGCGGAGGAGGGCGAGGGCCCUCGGUCCGGGCAGGCGCCGAAAUGCGACCCUGCGGCUGAGCCGCAGGGCCUCCAGCCAGGCGGCGCAGACGACGUCGCGGGCACAGAGGAGGGCGAUGGCCCCUGGGUGCCGAUCUGAGGGCACGCGGGCACGCGGGAGGUCUAGACAGUAAAUCACUGAAGCUUCCGCUCGUCUUGGAUUGAGGGCCUAUCGGCGAGUGGCUCCCAGUAGCGCCAAUUUGCGCCCAGUAGCGCCGAAAAGCGUUCACACGGCGCACAAUAGUGAUCAACAGAGUCCAGCAGCGCCGUGUGAGGAAGAUGCAUUCACGCUUGGCGCGCGAGUGGGCGCGCUGUUGGGCGCCGUGGGGACGACCAAGCGCUUCCGUGAGUUACUGUCUAAGGAGGUGGAGGGGGCUGUCAGCCGCCCUCUGCUGCAACGACGCGUCUCACCAUUGCCCCCCCGACUCCAACACAAUCAAAGGGCUUUCGGACCAGAUUCUGACUGCAGCGACAGGAUGACGCGUACAGGUAAGACACGCGCAAGCAUUCGGAAAAC